GUCUGUUCAAGUAAUAACCUCGAGCUCAGACUCCAGGUGUAAACAACAGGCAGAGACAACUGUGAGGGUCAAGUUGAACUCCAACCAAACAUGGUUUUUAUUGUUCUACUCCUGUUGAUCCCAGCGUGCUUUUGCACAUCAGUAUUUUAUCCUGUUGACUGCAAUGACGUGUAUGUCAGGGGCUUUGGCGACAGUGGUGUUUACACCAUUUACCCAGCAGGACCGGUGUCUCCUGUUCAGGUGUACUGUGAAAUGGAUCCUGAUGGCCAAUGGACUGUCCUGCAGAAAAGAUUUGAUGGAUCUGUGAACUUCUAUGCGCCAUGGGCCUAUUUCAAGGCAGGAUUUGGAAAAGCAACUGGAGAAUAUUGGCUGGGUCUGGAGAACAUCCAUCUUCUUACUAUGAGAAAGGCAUAUGAACUGAGAUUUGACUUGGAAGACUUUAGAGAUUCACUCGGGUAUCACAAUGGUAAGAAAUUUACAACGUGGGAUCGGGAUAACGACAACUGGUAUUCAAACUGUGCUUCGCGUUUCAAGGGAGGAUGGUGGUAUGGAUCUUGCCACACAUCUAACCCCAAUGGAAUAUAUGCAUGGGGCCCCUCAGAAUUUGGCACUGGGAUCAACUGGAACUCUUGGAGAGGAUAUGAAUAUUCUCUCAAAGCUAUUUCAAUGAAAAUCAAACCUGUGGUGGCAAACACUCCUUAA